GCUGGGGACACCCCCACCCACAGCAGCCCACUGGGGACAGGGUGGGGGGUCCCGGGGUGCUGCCACGGCAGGGAGGCGUCCCCAGACAGACAGACAGACAGACAGACAGACUGUAGGGCCUCCCCGGCGGGGACCACCCGCCCACACACACACACACACACACACUCGCGGUCUCCUUGCACGCCCCGACACGGGGACCACACACGCGCACACACACAUGGCAGCGGCAGCUGGAAGAACAGCAGGAGACAGACAGACAGACGGACAGACAAAGGCAGGCAGGCAGACAGACAGACAGACAGGAGGGUGGGUGAGCACACGCCCGGGCCGUGCACACACACGCGGGCACAAACGCUUCUGUGUGUGCACACGCGUGUGGUGUCAAUCCGUGGGCGCACACGUGUGGAUUCUGAGCGUGUAAAAGUGUGUAAAGCAUCGAACAAAUGGGGAUUUUGUGCACAGGGAUGCGCACGGAGAGUCCCGCACACGCAGGGUCCCGCACACGCGUGUGUCCCCAGUCACUCUCACGGGCACCGGGGUCCCGCACCGCGCCCCCUCUCCGUUCCCCAUCACCCCCGGCCCCGUUCCUGCCCCCCCCGGGCCCGUUCGCCCCCCGCACCCCGUGUCCGCCCCGGCAGCGGGACCCCGGAGCCGGCGGGGCGGAAGGCGGGCGAGCGGGCGGGGGGGCAGGCGGGGGGUCCCUCCUCCAUCCCUCCUCCUCCUCCUCCUCCUCCAUCCCUCCUCCUUCCUCCUCCCCUCCCCCGCCGCCCGCUCGGUGCCGGUGCCGGUGCCGGUGGCCGGGCAGCGCCGAGCCCCGCCGAGCGGCAUGGCCGGGGCCCGGGGGUGCCGCCGCCGCCCGGCGCUGCCCGCGGCGCUGCCCGCAGCCCUGGGGCUCUGCGGGACCCUGUGCCUGCUGCUGCCGCCGCCCGCCGCCGCCUGGAGCCCGGCCCUGCUGCCGCCCGCCGCCCGCAGCAACUGGUGCUCCUACACGGUGACACGGACGGUGUCGUGCCACGUCCAGAACGGGACCUUCCUGCAGAGGGUGUUCCAGGGCUGCCGCUGGCCCCUGGCCUGCAGCGGGGGCAGCUACCGCGCCGUGGUGAGGCCGCUCUACAGGGUGACCUACAGGACACUGACGGCACUGGAGUGGCGCUGCUGCCCCGGACACGCCGGACAAAACUGCGAGGAAGCAGGCGAUGCCCCGCGGGGGGGUCCCCCCGUGCUGACCCCCCUUUCCUCGCCUCGCCCCUCGCUCACCCUGCGGGACCCCAGCGCCGCCGCCCGCCGGCCCCCCCUGCACCCCGCGGCCUUCUCAGGGUGCCUGAACUGCAGCCGUGUCGGGGAGCUCACAGCGCGGCUCGCCACCCUCGAGGCGCAGGUGGCGCGGCUGGCGGUGGCCGAGCCCCCCAGGGGCAGCAGCCCGGGCAGGGGUCCCGAGGCCGGGCAGCUCUGGGGGUCCCCGGCCGCCCGAGGGAGCCCCGGCGAUGACGGGAGACCCGGCUGGAGGGGCCCCCCCGGGCCCCAGGGCGGCGCGGGAGGACGGGGAGUGAAGGGCCCAGCGGGGCCCCCAGGUCCCCCCGGCCCCCCGGGACCGCCCGGCCGGGAUGGAGCCCCGGGGCUCCCCGGAGAGAAGGGGUCCCCCGGGCCCCCCGGCCCCCCGGGCCCCCCUGCCCCGCUGGGGCCCGCGAUCCCCCGGCUGGCCGAGCCCGGGGACCCCGUCCUGUCCAACACCUUCACCGAAGCCACCAGGAGCGUCGUGGGUCCCGUGGGACCCCCGGGACCCGCGGGGCCGAUGGGUCCCCCCGGCCCCCCCGGGCCCGUCGGUCCCCCCGGGCCCCCCGGACCCGAUGGCAGGGCAGGAGCGCCCGGAGCUGCGGGGCCCCCGGGGGACAAGGGGGACACGGGUCCCCAGGGCCCCCCGGGCAGCCGCGGGCAGGAUGGGGCACAGGGCGAGCCGGGCCCCCGGGGCCAGCCGGGCGACAGGGGCACGUGGGCCAGUAGCUUCCAAACCCUCCUGCGGCAGCAGGCCCGGCUGGAGGUCCUGGCUAGAAGGGUCACCUUGCUGGAAGCCAUCAUCUGGCCAGAGCCAGAGCCCGGCUCGGGCAGCGGCGCCCCCGGCACGGCGACCCCCGGGGUGCCCCGUGCCAGGCGUGGCAGUGGGCACCCCCAGUACCGCAUUGUCACCGCACCCCGCCACAACCCCCCCGGGCCGUGACAGGGCCACCCCGGCCACUCCUGUCACCCUGGUCACCCACGGGGUCAUCCUGGUCACUCCAUUCACCCCAGCCACCCCCAGGGUCACCGCGGCCACCCCAGCCACCCCAGUCAGCCCGGUCACUCCAGUCACCC